AUGUUGGACACAUUCGAGAUUUUGACCACUUCUGGGGUCGUGCUCUGGUCGCGGUCCUACGGCACCGUCAACCCCUCCAUAAUCAACAACUUCAUCACCGACGUAUUCAUCGAGGAGAAGGGUGCAGUUGCUGGAGCAAAGGACGAUUUACCGACCGCCAGCAAUCCUCCGUACAAGGCAGAUCAACACACGUUAAAAUGGACCUUGUCCAAGGAAAUCGGCGUCAUAUUCGUCGCUGUAUAUCGAUCGCUUCUACACUUGUCUUGGAUUGACAAGCUCGUCGAUAAUCUCAAGACCAUCUUCGUGGAUCUCUACGGCGAUCAGCUCAAGAAACCAAACACCACUCUUGUCCAUUGCCACAAGUUUGACGAGUACUUUGACCAACAAAUGCGACAGCUCGAGUCUGGCCCGGCAUCAAAGAAUGGAUACAUAGCUGCAGGUGCGCUCACCUCGGAGGAUGAGAACACAUCUGGCCAUGUGGGCGAUGAGCCACCGCUCCCUCCUGGCAUCAAGCACCGGACCCGAGCUCAAGAUGCGGCGCAACCGAUCGCAUCCACAAUUGACUCAUCUCCUGCCGUAACCCCCUCGAAUUCGCGACCAUCCACGCCCGGCACCAGCCAUCUAGUUGUAGGAAAGGGUGGCCCGCUUGGAAAAAUGUCGCGAAGAGCCAAGAAGAUGCAAAACAAUUCUGCUCCCGCAUCAUCCGGCGAUGAGGGCCCCAACAGAAAAGCCAAAAAGGCACCGAAAAAGGGGCGCAAGUGGAAUGCCGACGGGUUUGCCAGCGAGGAGGAUGAUGUGCAGCUGGACUAUUCUGCCACUGCCAAUGGGCCAGCGAGCGAGAGCGAGGCCGAAGGCCGUUCUUCCGCAAUAGAAGGCAUCGACUCGUCUACAUGGGGCACAAAGACUUCCAAGGGGCAAUUUGUUCUCAAGGAUCUCGACGAUGAAGUCAAUGAGAUUCUUGCAUCGGCACAGUCAAAGUCGGAAACGCAGUCCAGCGGCGGUCUGGUUGGCGCAGGCUUCAGCUCCAUCAGCGGCCUGUUCCGCAAUGUGGUCGGCGGCAAGACGCUUACAAAAGAGGACCUGAAGAAGCCAAUGGAUGGUAUGAAGGAUCACCUCAUCAAGAAGAACGUGGCGCCCGAGGCUGCAGUUCGUCUCCGUGACAGCGUUGAACAUGAGCUCUUGGGUCUCAAGACUGGCAGUUUCGAGUCCAUUGAUACGCGCAUCGCCAAGGCCAUGGAGGCAUCUCUGACCAAGAUGCUCACCCCGACUUCAUCGCUGGACUUGCUUCGUGAAGUUGACGCCGUUACUCGACCUUCAGCACUGUCUGGCACCAAGGCACGACCCUACGUCAUAUCCGUCGUUGGUGUAAACGGAGUUGGAAAGUCGACGAAUCUGUCCAAGAUUUGCUUCUUCUUGUUGGAGAACAAAUAUAAAGUCUUGGUCGUUGCAGGCGACACUUUCCGUUCGGGUGCUGUAGAGCAGCUCAAGGUCCACGUCAGGAACUUGAAGGAGCUCACGAAACGAGAGGGUGGCCAGGUGGAACUAUUCGAAAAGGGCUACGGCGGUGAUGCCGCUACCGUGGCCAGGGACGCCGUUCGCACUGCUGCCAACGAGGGCUUUGACGUUGUCUUGGUCGACACAGCCGGAAGACGGCACAAUGACCAGAGACUCAUGUCCAAUCUGGAAAAGUUUGCCAAGUUUGCCAACCCUGACAAAAUUCUCAUGGUUGGAGAGGCACUUGUUGGAAACGAUUCCGUUGCGCAAGCACAAAACUUUAAUGCAUCCUUUGGCCAAGGCAGGAGUCUUGAUGGGUUCAUCAUUUCCAAAUGCGACACUGUGGGGGACAUGGUUGGCACUAUAGUCAGUAUCGUUCACGCAACGAAUGUGCCCGUCCUGUUCGUCGGUGUCGGCCAGCAUUACGAAGACAUUAGAAGCUUUUCAGUCAAAUGGGCUGUCAAGAAAUUACUCAGUAAUAGCUAA